UACCAGAGUUGUAUCCUACGGAUCUUUUUUUGGGAAAAUUUGGAGUGACAUUGAGCUGGACCGUAGCUCUGAUUAUUUGGUGGUCGAUGGAUUUUUGUUUCGUGGAACAAAGCUUUGUAUUCCUGAUUGUAGUCUUCGCCUUCAAGUUAUUCGGGAACUGCAUGGCGAAGGUCAAAUUGGACGUGAUCGGACAUUGAAGUUGGAUUUUCCUUCACCUCUGAUUAAUGGAUUUUAAGUUUACUUUUACACACACUUGUUAGGUCUUGUCAUGGCCGGAGAAGCAAAAUCAGCGGAAUCCGAGAGAGGAUCAAAGCAAAGAUGACAAGCCCUUCUUCUUCUUCUUCUCUUCUUGUUUGGUACUCUCUGAUCUCGCUCUCUUCUCUUUCCAUCAUUCUUCUUCUUGUUUGCAAUUCUUUUACUUCUCUGUCCUUUUUUUUUUCUAGGGUUUUUUUUCGACAAGAUUGCAAAACCAUCAUCGAGACGUGUAUGUAUGUCUGAAGCCAGAACUAAGCGGAGAGAUUGUGUCUGCUACAUGUUCUUGCUUCCUCCUCAAUCACCAAUUCAUCAAUUCCUCUUCUCUCCUCCACGCCAGCGACGAAGUAGAUUCAGAACACGGUCGACGGAUACCGUAACUGCAUCAAUCUGAUUUUGAAGAUUUAGCCAUUCCAUACCUUUUGCUACCCUAGAUGCUGACGAGCUAUCUGGUGCUCAUCCUGCUCAAGAACUACGGAGCUUUGUGCAGGUAAAGUGGAUUGGAUCUUCCAAUCAUAACACGCUUUUUAGAUCCUCUGAUUGGAGAGAACCUUUCAAUAUUAAAGUGGAUGCAACAGACUUUAUUUUGUGGACAGCUUCCCCUAGUGCCCUCAUGCAUGGUUCCCCAUAACCCUUUCAAAUCUCCACAGAGGUAUCAUAUGGUUUGCUUGGGGCUUGAUACCUUUUGCAUGGAGAUUCCUCGACAAAGACCAGCUCAUAUGCUCGCCUUACCUAAGAUUGAAUCAUUCCAUAUAUAUAUUUGCUACCGAAGAAGCCGACGAGCUAUCUGGUGCUCAUCCUGCUGAAGUACAGAGCUUUGUGCAGGAAAACCGGAUUGGAUCUUUGAAUCAUAAGACGCUUUUGGAUGCUCUCAAUGGAGAACCUUUCAUUAAAGUCAAUAAAAGAUACCUCUUGUAUGAGAUAUCUCGACAAAGGCAACUCAUAUGCUCGCCUUACCUAAGGUAACGAUUGUUGCACCAUUUAAUUUUCCGCUGGAGAUUCCAUUACUUCAGCUGAUGUGGGGCAUAAUACACAUAAGUAGCGAGACAAGAGCUAUGGAGUUGGGUGAAAUCGAAGACUGUUGGCAAGGGAAGAUACACAAGGAGCCAAGUGAAGAGCCGAGAUGUUAGUUUAGUUGACUGGUGGACUCGAGGCUGCUACAAACUCAAAGGCUAAGUUGUUAGAAGGUGUUAGUGAUCAAGCCGUUGGGAUGGGAGUCAUUCGUGGAGUCAGACCAGAUCAGCAGUUGGUGAAGAUUGUAUUUGAUGAGCUACUGAAAUUGAUGGAUGGAGGAGAAAGUAUCUGAGCUACACUUCUUGUACUCAGAGCUGCAUUCACCGGGCUACCAGCAUUUCUCUCUCCUCCACGCGAGACAAGAGAUAUGGAGCUGGUUGAAAUCGAAGACUGUUGGACAUAAAAGAUACAUUACAGAAGGAGCCAAGUGAAGGGCCGAGAUGUUUGUUCAGUAGACUGAUGGACUCGAGGAGGCUGCUUGCAGAGAAAACUCAAAAGGAGAACGUAUCUGAGCUACACUUCCUUGUACUCAGAGCUGCAUUCACCAGGAUACCAGCAUUUCAGCUUUCUCUCUCUCCACGAUUCAGAACACGGUCGCCGACUUUCCUACCGUAUCAACAUCAAAAUGAUUUUUGAAGAUCGGAGAUAUGCUAUGGUUUGAAGAAUGAAUGAAAAGAUUCAGAACCAACACAAAGAUUAACUUCGCCUUACAAUUGAACCAUUCCAUAAUUUUUGCUACCCUAGAUGCCGAGGAGCUAUCUGGUGCUCAUCUUGCUCAAGUGCUACAGCGCAAGACCAUUUAUUCUUUCUUUAGUGCCUUUAGCACUUGGGAUAAAGAAACACAGGGUAUCAAAGAAGGUUGGUAGGAUGGAGGAAGCAUUGCAUUUCCAGUGAUUCUUGUCACAGCUGUCAGUGACUAUAAACAGCCUCUCCUUUUUCAGAAUUUGAAUGAUGAAAAGAGGAACAUAAAUCUAGAGGUGACAAGAGAUGGAAGACGAGUUGAUCAUUUCAAUCUACGACAUUGUGGUGGGUGAUAUUAUACCUCUCAACAUUGGCAAUCAGGCUGCUUGCCUGCUUUGAUUGUCAUGGAGGUAUAUGGGGAAACCGAUUAAACUGUUGGGAUGUGGAGAGUGAAUGGACAAUCUUGAACCCUUUGAUCCUGAUGGAAUGGCUGGACGAAUUCUUGGAAUGGCAACAGAAGCUAAAAGGAGAGCCUAUGAACUUUUUAAAAAGGUUACAAUACAAGAAAGAACGGCGCGUGAUUAGACAUCAUAAUAUUUGGAGAGAGUUUCAGAUUGCUGCUGCUAGCGUGAUAGUAUAGAGACCACACAUGCAACACCCGUUCGGUUCCCAAGGAAAACUGUGUGGCUUUGCAUGAAUUGAGAAAGAUUUACGCAGAUGUUACGCAGAUGCUCUUUUAGAACCUCUCUGAUUCCUUUCAUCCUUUCUCGGAAGUUAAAAUGGAGGCAGCAGCGGCGGAGAUCGAAAGGGCUAAAACGUCCGCGUUGCAAGACAUAAGGGUUCUCAAGGGUCUUCAAGGCGACUCCAAUCUCGUGAACGGAGCUGGGCUCAGUCACUUACCCGUAGCAGCGGAGACAGAGUUCACUAUGGCGAAAACGUCAGUAUGGUGGGACAUUGGGAACUGCGAGGUCCCUAAAGGUUGUGACGCACAUGGUAUUGCUCAGAACAUUAGCUCGGCUCUGUCGAAGAUGGGCUAUAAUGGUUCGCUCACUAUUUCUGCCUACGGCGACACCAGUCAAAUCCCUUCUUCCGUCCAACAAGCUCUUUAUUCCACCGGCGUUACACUCAAUCACGUCCCGGCUGGAGUGAAAGAUGCGAGCGACAAGAAGAUAUUAGUGGAUAUGUUGUUAUGGGCAGUGGACAAUCCAGCUCCUGCGAAUUUCAUGCUCAUUUCUGUUGAUAGAGACUAUUCUUACGCUCUUCACCAACUGCGAAUGAGAAGGUACAACAUCCUUCUCGCCCAGCCUGACAAAGCAUCAGUUCCACUGAUCUCUGCUGCAAAGACAAUAUGGCUAUGGACAAACAUAGCUUUUGGGGAUUGUCCUCGUGGCAAACAAGGUGAAUCCUCACGACCCAUUGAUAGUGGACGCCAACACAAUCCUUCUGGCUCUGAGGUAGUACGCCAUCCGGUUCGUAAACAAACUCAGAACUUUAAGCAGUUUGACUCAGCUUUGGUCUCUAGAACUGGAAACAAGAGGUGCCAGAGCUUCUGUGAAUUAUGCAAUGUUGUUUGCUCGAGCCAUGAUUUAACCUCUCACAUCUCUGGUAAAAGGCACAGAUCUAAGCCGGUGAACGCCCUCAUGUCACUGGUUUAACCGAAGCAAAGCAUGUAUGGUGCAGAGUUUGCCAGAUGAGUUACAACAGUGAAGCUAGGUACGAAAAUCACAUCUUAGGGACAAGGCACCAGAACAAACUUGAAGAUCAAGCCGGGAAUUCAAGAAAGCGCGUCCGCAGAAUCCGUUAAUGGUCCUCCUUUAAUAUUAGAGCGAAAGAAAAUGCAAUUAGAGUUUGUAAAAGUUGCUAAACUGGUAGUCUUUUGAGUCUCACCUUUGUUUUUCUGGAUCGGGAUGCUCGAAAAAAAAGAAGCUGAGCCAUGCUGAUAACUUUUGUUAUUUGGGAGAAGUUUUCUUGAAAGGUCGUGGGUUCGAAUCCUAGGUGGAUCAUAUUUUUGAAAAAAUAGAAAAUCACUUCAUUAAACGACGUCGUUUCGAUGCCA